GCGCCCUUUUGUGCUGAUUCCAGACGUUCAAGGACUUGCGUUGUAGUAAGUGCUUAGUAUAGGUCUAGUGUGAUGUAUGUAGUCUACAAGCCAGCUUCGUCUACCGUCAGCUAUUCUCUUUGUUUUAUCUUUUGAAACACACGCUUUCAAAUCGGUUUUUAUAUAAAGACGAGAUGAUUCUAGCAUAUGGGAGCGCAUUUCGUCGUCAGGUACUGCAGAUCAACAGAACAUGGACUGCACUGUUAGUCUGCGCUCUAAGACUUGAACUGGUUGCUGCCAGCUCUGCUUACGUAUUGAUAUCUCCCUCUGUUGUCUAUCCAAGCCAAAACGUCUCUCUCUUUUGCAUCACGUCGGGCAACCCCCAACCUACUGUGAAAGGCUGGAAGAAAGACGGAGUUUCCCUUAGACGAGACCCGCACGUGCAACUUCUCCUAGGCGGUCUUCAACUUCGGAUCCAGAACGUGCAGUUAAGCGACGCAGGUCGCUACGAAUGCAUCACAUCAGCAAAAGUCAAUAACAGUUACAUAGCAACGUCGGUCUCUCUCGAACUGAGUCGAUUCGGAUCGGAUAGGAACGUUAGCUACGCGACCGAGGGAUCGAACGCCACGCUCGCUUGCAACGGAACCGAUCUGACUCUCGUCAGGUGGUAUCGGGACGGCAAACUGCUCGAAGAGAUUUCGCGCUAUCGAGUAGGGGGAGACGGCGAAACGUUGACCAUCGUCGACGUCCAGCCUUCCGACGAGGGUCGCUACACGUGCGAGGGAUUCCAUUCUCACGGAAUCGUUCAGAGCGACGUGCUUCUUCGCGUUUUCCCGCUUCAUUCCCAAGCCACGCCUACUCCAAGUCCGAGUCCAAGAGGGAAUUCGACCGCAACGUGUUUUAAGUUACAUGUACGUGCGAGUGUCUCUUGCAAGUCCAAUGUAACUUUGUUCUUUACGUACGACACUCGAGAUUGUACUUCGUUUGUAUUCCUGUUUCAAAUGGUCUCGUUCAGUCUCUCCACUGAAGAGGUAGAGCAGGUGGAAGGACUCGAGAGUGUGUUUGCCUACGGAAGGGAUUCUAGUGUCGCGAAUGUGACCGUGGAUUGUGCGGCUGGUAGAGUGUAUGGGCUCGAGAUAUGGCCGUUUGUCAGUCGCGGGUCCGAGGAAUCGGUCGUCGUGGAGAGUUAUGGGUUCGAUCGUUCGUUGUCGAAGAACGGUGAGCGUCGAAAGUUUGGAAGAAAGGCGGUUCGUUUUUUUGUUGAGUAUCCGUUGCUGCAGAUGAAACUCGUCGAUGCAGACUGCACUUGUCUCAAGAGCUCCACUAACACCGAGAUUGCUGACAAUUUAAACAAUCUACUGGUCGACAUUUUGCAAACAUCUUCAAACCAUAAUUUUUCAAAUGCUUUGUUUGAAACAAACUCCGCUCGAUCACAAAUGAUCGUGAGAACUCCCCUCAACUCUCCCUCCCUAUACAAAACCCUCAAAAUGAUAAACAGCGUAUCGAGAGCCAUCAGACAACGAGACAUAAAUAUCGUUGGCCGUGGCGGUUGUGCGCUGAGCUUUGACGUUGAUUGCAAAGUGUUGUUUGCCAGAGGCAUCACAAAGGCUUGCACAACAGAUGACGACGAUGUCUGCUCUCAAACAGUCAGCAGCACUACCACAGAGGUAGAAGUACAAUCGAGCAGCGCUAACGCCCAAGUCACUACACUGACUGUGAUACUAAUUGCUGUUGGGGUAGUGAUGACGUUUGGGGUUUUGGCAAUUAUAUAUUGUCGUAGGAAACGUAGUCAGACAUACCAAAUUUAAUUAAUUAAUUAAUUAAUCAAAAUUAAUUAAUUGAGUGAUUUUUGUAGUAGAAUUUUCAGUCAGCGUAAAAACGGUUUGGACAUACGCGAAUCGGUUGCUAGCUAUCGACGCGUUGUUAUAUAUACACUCGUUGCAUUCUUAGUGGACGAAAAGAAAUGUAGUUAAUUAAGAGACGAUUGUGUCCAUGAUAGAGAUAUCCCGGAUGUAACGGUACCACUCUGUCGGUCACGUGCGAGAUUGCAGGUAUCGAGGAGACUACAAGAAGGAAUCAGCGGAUCUGUUAGCGGUUUAUUAGCUUUAUUCGUUGUUGCCGGUCCUUCUCUACUGGUGCGAACGUUUUGCGUUGUUUUACUUUUGCCGAGGAGGUUAGUUGGAUGUUUUAGAUUCGAGAUUUCGUUUGUUUUUUGUUUGGGCUUCACGUUUAGUCGUGGUCGUUUAAAUAUCGUCCAAUUAACUUUGUUUAGAUGAAUUUCGAGUUCAUGUACGCAUGCGCUCUAGACCUCUUUUUGUCCUAGUUAAUUAACGUCUAGCUUUUAUGGGCUGACUCAACUGCAUGGUGUCUAUUCUCACAUGACAUCAUGAUGUCUCUUGUAUUGCCUAAUGAUCACAUUAGGGUGUCUACACUGACGGUAAGGAUACAGUACAAUUGUAAAUUGUUUGUCUGGUUAGAACGAUUUGCUUCUAGGGUUAAUUGUUGUUACGUUGUGUGUACUUGUUUUGUUUUGGAAAUAUCUGAGUAUUGACAAAAAACAGACAGACAGACAAUUAAAUUUAGAUGAUUGUGGAGAAGCUCAUAACGAUGGCCAAGGGGCAGAUGCAGAAUGAGAGGACAAUGAAAGUUAUUUGGAUUACUAUUCAGAUGUGGAUAUUAAGUAUUUUUGCUCUUUUGCACGUGUCAUUGAAGCUAUUUUAGUUAGAGUUGCUUAUGUAAUUAUACUAUUUAGCAGACUGUCAUUCACAAUAGGGUUGUGUUGAUUUAUAAGUGUGCUUUCGAUGCACAAGCAAUUCUAAAGAAAAAUAGAUAUGAAAAUUUUCUUGGUAGCAGACAUUGAUUGUUAUCUUUGUUACAAACAGUUGUUUUAAUAAUCUUUCUUUACAUGGGCACGUUCAUGACUUUGCGAUUACAAAAUAUACAUCAAUACAUACAU